AUGACUAAGCCACUAGGUCAAUCUUUAGAUGUUCUCCUAGGACGGUUCCCUGAUUCCAGGACGCUGAGAAUUCGUUCGGAAUUACGGUAUUGUGAUAUUUGUAGAAAGUACUCUUCUCGAUUGGGUGAUCCGCAGCGGAGACCUGAGGCUAUAAUACACUCGAUAACGCCCCGGCCAGAAUCUUCUUCCCUUGGCUCGGGUUUCACACUGAUUCCAGCGCCAGUGCCACUGCCAGUGCCAGCUGGCGCAGGUGUUGGCGCAGGUGUUGGCGCAGGUGGUUCUGGCACAGGUGUUGGCGCAGGUGCUGGCGCAGGUGCUGGCGCAGGUGCUGACGCAGGUGGUUCUUCUGGCGCAGGUGGUUCUGGCACAGGUGUUGGCGCAGGUGCUGGCGCAGGUGCUGGCGCAGGUGCUGGCGCAGGUGCUGGCGCAGGUGCUGACGCAGGUGCUGACGCAGGUGGUUCUUCUGGCGCAGGUGGUUCUGGCACAGGUGUUGGCACAGGUGCUGGCGCAGGUGCUGGCGCAGGUGGUUCUUCUGGCACAGGUGCUGGCGCAGGUGCAGGCGCAGGUGGUUCUUCUGGCACAGGUGCUGGCGCAGGUGCAGGCAUAGGUUUCUGGUUACCGUAA